GCCAAUAAAACCCCAAAGAAGAAGAAAACGAGGGAAGCAGACGUCCUGCAGGCGGCGCUGUCAGCCGCCAUCUUACCGAGAGCGGAAGGAAGCGCAGAGUCCGCAGGUCUGUGGAGAAGAAAGAAGAGAGAAGAUGGAGGUGACGGGGCCGGACAGUGACUGGAGGAGUCCGCAGUUCAGACAGAAAGUUGUGGCUCAGAUAGAGGAGGCCAUGAGGAAAGCAGGAACUGCACACACCAAGUCCAGCAACGACAUGGAGAACCAUGUUUAUGUCAAAGCCAAAUCCAGAGAGGAGUAUCUGUCUCUGGUGGCGAGGUUGAUCAUACACUUCAGAGACAUCCGUAGGUAUUUGACCUGAGGUCUACAAGCAUUAUCAUCUAUGAUCAUUUACAUGUGUUGACUGACCGUUCAUUCUUUACCUUAUAAUCCAGGCUGAUAUGAACAUAACUGAAAGUUCUUCUAAUAAUAAAUCGUUGUGGAUGAACUGACACAAGAUCCAGGAAGGACCUCCUCUGUAACUUCUACAGGCACACAGUCGCCCUCAUCCAGGAUUUGACCUCAUCCUAAACAUUUUAUCAUGAACAAGAGAUUUGUCUCAAUCAUGAUUAAAUGUUGUUAUUGCUUAA